CAUCUCAUCCCAUCCUUACUUACUUGCGUUGUGUCAAUUUUUGCGCCAAUUUCUGUUUUUCUGUUAUUAGUGAUUUUUAACUAAUUUGGUGGUUUCUUUUGUGUUUGAUCGACGUGACAAUAGUGGGCAACCAAGGUCUAUUCGAGCGCCAAUGGAGGGCGCUCAGACUCCGGAAGGUGGGCGGCGCACGCGUGCGGCACUGGCCGAGAUCCCUGCGAGACUGGACCGACUGCGGGUGACCCCUCUGCAGGCACUCACCAACACGCGGGACCUGUCUCCUGGGCUGCCCCCUGGAUACCUCAGUCCUGCGCCUUCUCCUGAUGAGAUGCUGAUACAGCAGCGAGGUCGAAAGCGUCUGCCGGUGACCUGGUCGCCUGACAUAGAAUUCAAACGUUCAUCUUUCCACUCGGUCGUGCGUACUCCGCCCAAGAACUCACCAGGCCGCCACUCUCCACCGAAACUUGGCGUCACUCUACGUUCGACACCCAGAAAACGCCUUAUCCUCGGCGACGCUGAACGAAUCCCUCUAACACCUGAGAAAAUCGACUUCACAGACAUCAGCACUCCACAAAAAUUCAAAUUGUCAAGCCCGGUCAAAGGAACUCCUCCCAUAAAACGCGCUAGACUAGAAAAAACAUUAGAUGCUGAUUUUAAAGGACCUCUGGAUACUGCUCUUAAAGGGUUAAGCCCAACUCAGCUGAUCAGUAUGAUAAGGAACAUCACCCACAAGCAUCCUGAGUUGGAGCAGGAGAUAAGAAAAGAGAUGCCGAGUCCGGAUUUAGCCCCUCUAGAGGAGAAACUCAGUUACUUGAAGUCCAAUAUCUUCAAGAGUUUGCCUACAUCACGGUUGACUUCGAAGACCGAUUCGCCGGCGUAUUCGCGAGCAUCGACGCAUAUCUCCGCGUUCAAGAAGACAGUUAUCGAGCAAGGGAAAGUUUUGGUGGAAUCCCAACAUUGGGAAGCUGUUAUCCAAUAUGUGUUUCUUGCUUGGAGCUAUGUCAAGGCUACUCCAGUGUGGGACAACCAACCACACAACACUCAGAGGAAACAAUGCUUCAGAGCACUUACAAAUUUCUGUAUGAUGGCUCUAAAGAAGGGAGUUUUGAAUAGAAGCUUACUGCUAGAUGUUCAGGAUAAACUGCAGAGUAUGGUGGCUGACAGUGAAGACAUACAGUCCUGUCUCAAAUACACUCAAGGGAAUUUGAAAGACUUGCUGUGAAAUUCCUUUUCGAUUCUACUAUGGCUAAACUUCCUUUUUAUUACCUUGUUUUAUAAAAAAAAUGCUUUUUAAUUUCUAAAAGAUUUGAUAAGUUUGGAAAAUCAUGGAAAUUGUUUUUUUAGUACCUAUAUUAACUCAUCAUGAAUUUUAUUGAAUAUUCAAGUUGCAUUUUUAUUAAGUACAUACAUGCCAAUUUGCAUUUUAUGAUAGUAUAUAAUUUCUUUUGUUUAAUAUCUUUUCAUUACACUGAAGAGAAUCAAAUAGAUAAAUGUUUAAUGUACUGCUUAUAGACUGAAUAUUAUAAAUUGUCUUCCAUGUGAAUUUGGAAGUAUUUUUUGUGUCAUUUAUUUUAAUAAGUAUGAUUUGAUUCUUUUCAACAAUGCUGUGAGGAUGUCAAAAUUGUUUUUGUCAUUUAGAAUUUUAGUUGAUAGAUGAUUAGCUUUUAAGUUUUUCUCCGUGGGGUUUACGAUGUAAUAACGGUUUUUGCGUAUUUAGUUUUAAGACUUGCAGCGGUACAGUUGCCCUUUCGUAAUUCUGAUUCGCUUCUGUCUAAUAUAUUAGCAACCGCUCUACCAUAUUUUCAGAAAAUAUCCUUAUAUUAAAAAUUGGCUAAUGUUCUCCAUCUGUUAUAAAUUGGUCAAGUUACCUAAUCAUAAGUCUAUUUUAAAAUAUUGUGCCUUAUUUUGGUAAGAUAUUUCCACAGUUAAUGUUGACAAUAUAUCGAUUGAUAUUACAUUAUCUUUGCGAUACGAAGUUUGUGCCUACCCAGUGUAUCUGAUAAGGAUACUUUGAAUCUUAAUAAAUGUGUCUUAUUUUAAUAAUAAUA